AUGGUCAAUGAAAUGACGGAAGGGACUAAGGCAUCAUCCAGCUCAAUCCGGAAAGCAUACAUCAAUUGCAUGAGCAUCAAGUCAUCGAAGGAUCUUUACACGACGCUACUCGAUCUGCUGUGCAACGAGACUGAGAUGGAGGAAAAUGAUGCUGUUGCAGCCCUUCAGAAGAUGUUCAUACCAAAGAAGAAGUCGGGGGAUAUGUGCCUGGUUGUUUUGGAUGAGAUUGAUCACAUUCUGUCAUUGGAUCUGGAAAGCUUAUACCGGGUGUUUGAGUGGUCACUGCAGAAGUCAUCUCGACUCGUUCUUGUCGGUAUCGCCAAUGCACUAGAUCUCACGGAUCGAUUUCUGCCACGGCUGAAGUCGCGGAACCUAAAGCCCGAGCUUCUUCCAUUUUUGCCAUACAGCGCACUGCAGAUCAAGACAAUCAUUACGAAGAGGCUGAAGAGUUUGCUGCCGGAGGGGAUAACGACACCAGAUUACACUCCAUUUUUCCACCCAGCUGCGAUUGAGCUUUGUUCCCGCAAAGUCUCAAGCCAGACAGGUGAUCUACGAAAAGCCUUUGAGAUCUUGCGCCGCGCCAUCGAUCUGAUCGAGUCGGAGACAAAGCAGAAGUACGAGAACGAGGCCAAGGAGCAAGCUCUGCAAAUGACACCCUCGCGAAAGGUCUUGGGAGAGAACAAUAACUUUUCUUCACCAGUCAAAACUCCUACGAAGAGCGUCUCUACCAUCCUCUGUGACUCGCUCAAGAGUUUGACAGUGGAGAACGCUCCGCGAGUGAGCAUUGGCCACCUCAACAAGGUCACUGCCGCAGCCUUUAGCAACGGGACUAGCCAAAGACUGAAGACACUCAACCUCCAGCAGAAGGCUGCUUUGUGUGCUCUUAUGACAAUUGAAAAGCGAAAUCGAGCCGCACGGGAUACUAUUCUUGCUACGCCAACAAAGCCACGCGUCACCGCACCUACUGUCAAGACACUCUUCGACACAUAUUCCAUCUUGUGUACGCGGGAUUCGGUUCUCCACCCGCUUUCGAGCUCCGAGUUUCGCGAGGUGAUAGGAAGCCUCGAGACCCUAUCCCUUGUCACGGCAGUCGAUGGAAAGAAGGGCUCUUUCGCCGUGCUGGAGACUCCGAGCAAGCGAGGAAGAAAGAGCACGUUCGGCAAUGGUAAUGGAGACGAAAAGAGAGUAGCCAGCUGUGUUGGAGAGAAAGAGAUUGAGCAGGCUGUCGAGGGCCUCGGCGUAGAUAUUUUGAGAAGCAUUCUGAGCGGAGAAGCGUUGGAUUGA